CCAAGGUGGGCAAGAGAGGAAAAGCAGGUCCUGGAGGGAGAGGCGGGAAGAAACGUGCCGCUGGGAAAAAGAUGGCAGCCGUGGGAGCCCCUGAGGCAGGGAGCGGGCCAGCACCACCCGGGCCCAGCCAGCCGCCGAGCCAGGAGCUUCCUCCAUGCAAAGUGCCUGUGAAGGAGGAGCCAGUGGGCGAGCCCGACCCACUGAGCCAGGAGACCCAGCUGGAGGAUCCACUGAGCCAGGAGACCCAGCUGGAGGAGCCACUGAGUGACGUGAUGACCGUCUCCACCUCGUCGGAGCCACUGAGUGACGUGAUGACCUUUGAGUUGAGCAAGAUGGCGCCAAAGAAAAGAGCCUCGGUACCGCCGGCCAAGGCCGGGGAGACGCGAAAGAGGAAGUCCUCUUCUGAGACGCCCAAGGUGGGCAAGAGAGGAAAAGCAGGUCCUGGAGGGAGAGGCGGGAAGAAACGUGCCGCUGGGAAAAAGAUGGCAGCCGUGGGAGCCCCUGAGGCAGGGAGCGGGCCAGCACCACCCGGGCCCAGCCAGCCGCCGAGCCAGGAGCUUCCUCCAUGCAAAGUGCCUGUGAAGGAGGAGCCAGUGGGCGAGCCCGACCCACUGAGCCAGGAGACCCAGCUGGAGGAUCCACUGAGCCAGGAGACCCAGCUGGAGGAGCCACUGAGUGACGUGAUGACCGUCUCCACCUCGUCGGAGCCACUGAGUGACGUGAUGACCUUUGAGUUGAGCAAGAUGGCGCCAAAGAAAAGAGCCUCGGUACCGCCGGCCAAGGCCGGGGAGACGCGAAAGAGGAAGUCCUCUUCUGAGGUGAGUCCCAGUACCCCGAAGAAGGUGAGUGACCCACCCGAGCUCCUCCUCGUCUUCCCCUUGAUUCCUUCCUCAAGAUUCCUGCCCUGUCCUCACCUGGCACAACCCCCAGCCCGGCCCUCACCGCUUCUCAGGAAACGUCCCUGUUCCCAGCCUCCUCCAUCCUCUCCCCUGACCCGGACAGAGCCCCACUGUGAUCUCCCUGUUGCCCUUCCAGAUGCCCAAGGUGGGCAAGAGAGGAAAAGUAGGUCCUGGAGGGAGAGGCGGGAAGAAACGUGCCGCUGGGAAAAAGAUGGCAGCCGUGGGAGCCCCUGAGGCAGGGAGCGGGCCAGCACCACCCGGGCCCAGCCAGCCGCCGAGCCAGGAGCUUCCUCCAUGCAAAGUGCCUGUGAAGGAGGAGCCAGUGGGCGAGCCCGACCCACUGAGCCAGGAGACCCAGCUGGAGGAGCCACUGAGUGACGUGAUGACCGUCUCCACCUCGUCGGAGCCACUGAGUGACGUGAUGACCGUCUCCACCUCGUCGGAUCUACCGAGUGACGUGAUGACCGUCUCCGCCUCGUCCCUCAGCAGCGACUAAGUUCAGGCCCAGCUGCCAGGAGACUCGGAGAUCUCACCAGCGCAGGGGGCGCCCCCAUGCUGAUGUCAAUAAAUCCAAUGUGUUGCA